UUUUUCCGGCCGGUGGGUCCUUCGGCGGAGUUAUUCUCUCAAUAAGUGCAUUGGUUCCUCCUUCCGUGACGAAGCUGCUAUGAUGGGAAGGUUGGAGGAGACCCAGCAAGAGCAGAGGAGCUGACGAGGGCUGGCCGGCCUAGGAACUAAGGUGCUUGGCUUUAUACGUUUCCCGCCGGGCGAGUGAGGCUGGUGUCUGGCCUCGGAUCCUGGGGAAAGAGCACCCUCCUGCUGCUGGGGGAACAUGUCGAGUUUCUCUAGGGCGCCCCAGCAAUGGGCCACAUUUGCUCGGGUUUGGUAUCUCUUAGAUGGGAAAAUGCAGCCCCCUGGCAAACUGGCUGCUAUGGCAUCAAUUAAACUUCAAGGAUUGCAUAAACCUGUAUACCAUCAACUGAGUGACUGUGGGGAUCAUGUUGUCAUAAUGAACACAAGACAUAUUGCAUUUUCUGGAAAUAAAUGGGAACAAAAAGUAUACUCCUCACAUACUGGCUACCCAGGUGGAUUUAAACAAGUAACAGCUGCUCAACUUCACCAGAAGGAUCCAGUAGCAAUUGUGAAACUAGCUAUUUAUGGCAUGCUGCCAAAAAACCUUCACAGAAGAACUCUAAUGCAGAGACUGCAUCUUUUCCCAGAUGAGGAUAUACCAGAAGAUAUUCGUAAGAAUUUAGUGGAAGAGCUUCCUCAACCACGAAAAGUACCAAGACGUCUAGAUGAGUACACGCAGGAAGAAAUAGAGGCUUUCCCAAUAGUGUGGUCUCCACCUGAAGAUUAUCGACUCUAGGAGAAUGAAAAUGGCGGGAAAUAGCCAUGUGGUGACUGGAGCUUCUUAAUGAGUCUCUCCCAAGCUACAAGCAGAGUGAGACAUCCACUGCAUUUUGACAAGGAACUUGUCAUGGACACUGAAAGCUUGUGGACAAAGGUCAGGAGGGGAUACUCCUUCAAUAGGAAAUUGCAAUAAAAUACAUUAUUUUAUAUGAUUAUUUUAUUAUGUAGUCCAAUUUGAGUGUUGUAAGUGAUGAAAGAAUAAAAUUGCUUUCUUGUU